CCUUAAAAAAGAAGACAAUUUUCUUGGGUGCUUGGUGGUCUUCUUAAUAGUUUUUUUUUUCUUCAAAAGAAUGUUCCUAAUAGUUUACUUUAACGUGUGACCAAGGAGAUUUUUUUUGGUCGGAUUUUCUUUUUUCUUUUCAAACCAAGGAAAUUCAUUGUACCUAUAUAUUUAUCAAGAUUCAAUGUGAAGCCUCGAAUUGCAUUCCAGCUAUCUGGACCUGAAGCAAAAGAAUGAGUGGGUCUGGUGCAGCAGUUGAAGCUACUGUGAUACAAGUAAGUUCAAGCAACUCUGAGCUUGUUCAGCGAGUGGAGGCAUCAUUUGAGGCAAUGAACAAUGUAGAUUGUUCUGAAGAAAGGAAGAAAUCACUCCGAGCCAGAUACUUUUAUGGCAUCAUCUUCUUGAUUACUAAUCUUACCGCCUGGUUCAUCCGUGAUUAUGGCCACACUACUUUCCCUCCACUGUACUAUGAAAAAGCUUGUGGAAUCCAUGGAAGUGAUUGUUUUCAAACAUUAGGAGUUCUCCGUGUGAGUUUAGGGUGUUUUAUAUUUUUCCUUCUCAUGUUUCUUACUACAUUUAGCACAAGAAAACUGUAUGACGCUUGCAGUAAAUGGCACUCAGGAUGGUGGGCACUAAAGUUUUUCCUAUUGGUUGUGUCAAUGGUGGUUCCAUUCUUCCUUCCUCCAGGUUUUAUUCAGAUAUAUGGAGAAGUUGCUCGCAUUGGUGCAGGGAUUUUUCUCCUUCUGCAACUUGUAAGUGUGAUCGAGUUUAUCAGAUGGUGGAAUAAAUAUUGGGCAUCUGAUGAGCAAAGUAAACAAAGCUGCUCCAUCGCAUUAUUUACCUCAACAGUUUUUUACGUUGCUUCCAUCUGUGGAAUUGUGUCCAUGUACUAUUUUUAUGCCCCAAGACCAUCAUGUUGUCUCAACAUAUUCUUCAUUACGUGGACUGCUAUUCUGCUCAUAGUGAUGAUGGCUAUGUCCUUGCAUUCAAAGGUUAAUCGAGGACUUUUAUCUUCAGGAAUUAUGGCUGCUUAUGUUGUUUUCCUCUGUUGGUCUGCUAUUAGAAGUGAACCAGCUGAUGAGAAAUGCAAUGUACAAAAGCCAAAAAAUGGACAUGGUGAUUGGACCACCAUACUUGGGUUCCUGAUUGCUAUAGGUGCUAUUGUCAUGGCAACCUUUUCAACGGGGAUUGAUUCAAAAUCAUUUCAGUUUCGCAAAGAUGAGGUGAAAGCCGAGGAUGAUAUCCGUUAUAACUACGGGUUUUUCCACAUCAUAUUCUCCUUGGGAGCCACGUACUUUGCCAUGUUAUUCAUCAGCUGGAACCUGGAAAACUCUGCAAGCGAAUGGAGCAUGGAUGUUGGGUGGACAAGCACUUGGGUGAAAAUCAUCAACGAGUGGUUUGCAGCCAGCAUCUACAUGUGGAAGUUGAUUGCCCCAGUUGUGAAGCAACAACCUAAAGUGAUGAACAAUGAGGAGUCGGUGCAGCAGAUAAAUAACUCAAACUCGCCAUGAUUUUGUUUUGCUGAUUAAAUUUUAUCACAUCUUUAUUGUUUAUUUCUUUAUUCUUUCCCCCACUUCUUUUAGUGGCUGGUUUUACUUGUCCAACUUGUGCCUUUAAACUACGUAAAAUACAAGCAAAUAUCCAGAAAUCUAUACCAUUAGUA